GGCCGCAGCCGGGAGGAGGAGGAGGCGGCGAUGGAGGGGCUGGCGGGGUACGUUUACAAGGCUGCGAGCGAGGGGCGAGUGCUGACCUUGGCCGCGCUGCUCCUCAACCGCUCCGAGAGCGACAUCAAGUACCUGCUGGGCUACGUCAGCCAGCACGGCGGGCAGCGCUCCACCCCGCUCAUCAUCGCCGCCCGCAACGGCCACACCAAGGUGGUCCGCCUGCUCCUCGAGCACUACCGCGUGCAGACCCAGCAGACCGGCACCGUGCGCUUCGACGGCUUUGUCAUUGAUGGGGCCACAGCCCUGUGGUGUGCAGCAGGAGCGGGGCACUUUGAGGUCGUCAAGUUGCUGGUCAGUCACGGCGCCAAUGUGAACCACACUACGGUGACCAACUCGACUCCCCUGAGGGCCGCCUGUUUCGACGGCAGGUUGGACAUUGUCAAGUACCUGGUGGAAAACAAUGCCAACAUCAGCAUCGCCAACAAGUACGACAACACUUGCCUUAUGAUCGCAGCCUACAAGGGCCACACGGACGUGGUGAGGUAUCUCCUCGAGCAGCAUGCGGACCCCAAUGCCAAAGCCCACUGCGGCGCCACGGCUUUGCACUUCGCGGCCGAGGCCGGCCACCUGGAAAUAGUGAGGGAGUUGGUCAAGUGGAAGGCAGCAAUGAUGGUCAACGGCCACGGGAUGACUCCUCUGAAAGUGGCAGCCGAGAGCUGCAAGGCAGACGUGGUGGAGCUGCUGCUGGCGCACGCCGGUUGCAACAGGAGAAGUCGGAUCGAGGCGCUGGAGCUGCUGGGUGCCUCGUUUGCAAACGACAGGGAGAACUAUGACAUCAUGAAGACUUACCACUACCUGUAUUUAGCCAUGCUGGAGAGGUACAGAGACAGCGAGAAUAUAAUCGAGAAAGAAGUCCUUCCCCCAAUCGAAGCUUACGGAAACAGGACGGAAUGCAGAACUCCUCAGGAAUUAGAGUCCAUCAGGCAGGACAGAGAUGCCCUUCACAUGGAAGGCCUCAUUGUGAGAGAAAGAAUUCUGGGCUCGGACAAUAUCGAUGUCUCUCACCCCAUUAUUUACCGCGGGGCUGUUUAUGCGGAUAACAUGGAGUUUGAGCAGUGUAUCAAGCUGUGGCUCCACGCCUUGCAUCUGAGGCAAAAAGGCAACAGGAAUACUCAUAAGGAUCUCCUGAGGUUUGCCCAGGUCUUUUCUCAGAUGAUACACUUAAAUGAGCCGGUUAAAGCCAAGGACAUCGAGAGCGUUCUGAGGUGCAGCGUCCUGGAAAUAGAGCAAGGCAUGUCCCGCAUCAAAGCCACCCAGGACGCUGACAUCCACACAGCCGUGGACAACUACGAAUGCAAUAUUUUCACCUUCCUCUACUUAGUCUGCAUCUCCACUAAGACCCAGUGCAGCGAAGAGGAUCAGUCGCGCAUCAACAAGCAGAUCUACAACCUGAUUCACCUGGACCCCAGGACGCGGGACGGCUCCACGUUGCUGCACCACGCCGUCAAUUCCAGCACUCCCGUGGACGACUUCCACACGAAUGACGUCUGCAGCUUCCCGAACGCCCUCGUCACAAAGCUGCUGCUGGACUGCGGUGCUGAUGUGAACGCUGUGGACAACGAAGGGAACAGUCCUCUGCACCUCAUCGUCCAGUACCACAGGCCCAUCAGUGACUUCUUGACGUUGCAUUCCAUCAUCAUCAGCCUGGUGGAGGCCGGCGCCCACACAGACAUGACGAACAAGCAGAAGAAAACUCCUCUGGAUAAAAGUACCACGGGGGUGUCUGAAAUACUCCUUAAAACUCAAAUGAAGCUGAGUCUCAAGUGCCUGGCUGCCCGUGCGGUGCGGAUCUACAACAUCAGCUAUCAGAACCAGAUCCCCAGAACUCUGGAGGAGUUUGUGAAGUUUCACUAGGCUCCAUAAAACCUUUCGUGGUGGUGCUAUCCCAUGCUGACAUCAAUUGCAGGCGACGGAAUAUGUGUGUAUACACGGAGUUGUGUCUCUCUCUUCUUUCGUUCUGGUUCCUUUGGAUUCAGUCUGCAGCCUCUGUUCUCACGCGGAUCCUGGGGGGACAAAAGCCACGUGAUUUUCCCGUAGUCAAAUCUGGUGUUUGAGAUUUUGGUCGUUGCUUUUAAGCACAAAAAUAAUGAUGUCUUCUCCCUUGUUUUCAGAAACAAAAAGGAAAGAUUCCCCAUGUAAGUGGUGCAGAAUAUCUUGUUUCAAAUCCGUAUCUGCGCUGGUGGUGGCAGUCGGGUGCUCUGAGUAGUUCCGUACAAAGGCACCCCAUUCACACUGCUCCUGAGGUUUUAAAACGUCUCCAAGUGAGGUAGGGAAUAGAAUUCCCUGGUGGUUACGUGGUUAAUGUCUCAGCACACAGAGCAGCCCGUUGCUCUUAUACCUCACAGUCCUGGAAUGCCUUUCAGUUCAUGCUGAAGAUGUUGGUAACAUCUUAAAAGCUUUUAAUCUUCUUUUCUUUUUCAUGACUUUCUGAACAGCAGUUAUCAACAGCUACAGAAGUAAGGGAUGCUCUGUUAGGAAAUACAGGUUCAAGUUCACAUGUGGUCUGUUCCUCUCGUAACAGUUGAAGUACAGAGCUCUUCAUUGGCAAUACUGUGGUAAGUAUUGAGUGGCUCCUGGAGAACGAACUCGCACGUUGGUCAAAAUGAGCCAGCACCGUGGUUUUAUGGUUUCCCUUUAUGCAGCUGAGUCCCUCACAUAUAAAGACCGUGCAUGGAUACCUAGGAGAUGUAUAGGGUAUUUGUGUCUGUGUGUGUCCCAGCAUUUCAAACCGCUUCUCACUUGUUUUGUUCCCAUGCUCAACACGCACCUUUCUUGGACUCAAAGUGUAGAACUGCACUCUCAGAUUCCAAAUGCUGUAUCUUCCUAACGGGGUCGUCGUCGCCAAAGAGAGUCUUCCUUCGGAGCGUGGUUCUGCUUGAAACUGCUUCCUCCAACACGCCUGGAGUCUGUGCCUCCCCACGUUGGACUUUGUGAGACUUUUCUCAUCAUUUUUACUCCUUUCGUUAUGGAAAUCUCUCUUAAAACUGAUUUUUACAAAGAACUGUCCUAUCCUAAGGUCUUCUAUGGUAAGCAGCUGAUUGUACAGUGGAAGUGCUGCUGCAGAUGCUGUGGCAGUACUGUGUCGCUGGUCUCACCACCUCCUGGGAACUCUGUGGUUUUAAAAGCAGCUUUUUAACCCUCAGAUGAUGAAAGAAUGUUCUGUAGGUUUGGGUUUUUUUUUUUUAAACAACUAUCCGGGUAGAACUUCAAGGCGAGAUUAUGGCACACGUUUCUAUUUGUAUGACAAAGAAAUAAACACUGAAUGUGGGGUUGGUCUGCA